AUGGCAGGCUCUAGAGCUAAACAAUUCGCUCGGCCACCACCCAAAAAGAAACCUCCCAAAGCCGCCUCCCUCAUCACCCCAGACGACUUCCAAUCCUCCGCCGACUUCGAAGAGUCCGCCGGGGGCAAACACCGCGUCGGCGACCCUCAAAAAUCCGCUCGAGCCUUCAUCCGUGCCCUGGACAUCUACGACCAAGGUCUGGCGAAACAUCCCUCCUCUUUCGAUCUCGCCUAUAACAAAGCCCGAUUGCAAUUGGAGAUAUCACAGCAACCCGUCUUGGUUGACUUUAUCGGGGUGGAAUUGUUGCAAUGGUUGGAACUGACGUUGGCGUCGCAUCGACGGGCGUUGCCGUUGAGCGCGGAGAAUGUGGAUGUUCUGUUCAAUACGGCGCAGGUGUUGACCAGCUUGGCGGAGGUCUUGGUUGAGGAUGGAGAGGAUGAAGGGGAUGAUGAGGAGGCAAAAGCGAGUAAAGCGUUGCAGGAGGCGUUGGAAUUGCUGUCGGUGUGUUUGAGUCGGCAGGAGGUGUUGUUUGAGCAGCAUCGAGCGGACUUUCCAGAUGUGGAGGAGGGUGGUGUGGCGUUGAACGCUGAAGAGGGUGCAGCAGAGUCGUCUACACCAACCGCUCCAUCAGCAGCACAAGAAGACGACACCGACAUGGCUGAGGCUACCGUCGAAACACCCGUAUCUCCAAGCGACCUCCUCGAUACAGUCCACGCCUCCCUUUCCGCGCUGACCACCCUCCUACCCCUUUCAGACCACUCCGCUCUCCAAGACCUCGGCGGAAUGGCCCGCGCCCUCACAGAAGAUAAAGCACCAACCUACAUACGCCUCCUCGACUCCACCGCCCAGACACCCGCGACUCUCUCCCUCGCCCUCGACCGCGCCGUCUUCAUCGCCGCCUACGCCAACGCUGAAUUCGAAGCCCGCCAACUCGACUUCGCGACAUAUCUCUCCCGCCUCGACGAGUCCUUCAGCAUACCCGGAAAGGAAACAGAUGCGAGUCUCCUCUGCGCCGAAGCCGACGCGAGGAUGGAAAUGGUUCUCUCCGCACUCGACGUCCUCGGCGAAGGAGGAGGACCGAAUUUACCCGCCAACACGUGCUGGAAGACCCUCUCCCUCUCGCAAGAACUGUACACCGCGGCCAGUAAACUCGAGACGGACGAUGCGAAGGAGCGGAAAGCGGAGGUAUUCAAGUCGAAAGGUGAUGUUGAACUGCUCCGCCUCCGCUUUACGCAAAUGCCCGGCACGGAUCUGUCUGCUUCAGUGAGGAGUAGUGGACCGACGCUGGUGAAGAACGCGCAGACCUUUUAUAAAGGCGCCGUCUCACAUGCAAAGGCUAGUGGGGAUGAGGAGGUGGAAGAGGAGGCGAAGGGGAGGUGGAUCGUGGCGGGAGAGGUUUCCAGGGUGAUGUUCGGUGGAGAAGGGUCGGGAGCGGGUCAGCAGGGUGGAGAGGACUUGUUGGAGGUGUUGGAGGGAUGUCUGGCGCAGCAAAGACCGGGCGCCAAGGGCUCGAAAGGGCAGGGUGGGUAUUGUGCAAAGGGCAGGGGAUGGGUCGCGAUGGUUGAACCGGUGGUGGUGAAGCCGGUGUUGAAGGUGUUGGUCGUGUUCGACUCCGUCUCCUCCUCUUUCGAGAAUACUCUCUCGGGUCAGUCUGGAAGGUCUGACGCCUGA